UCAGUGAAUAAAUUAAUAAAUUACUGGGAAAGAAGACAUGGCGCCGAAAACAUUCACACGAAGAGUAAGAAGAGAAAAAAAAAAACUUCAUUUAAAAACAAGACUACUCGAUCCUGAAGAAAAAAUACAAUUAGGUGGGAACACACACACACACACACACACACACACACACACACACACACACACACACACACUAAAGAGGAAUUACCCUCAUAUUCUAUCAGUACGACCACAAAGAUAAGCGAGAGAGAGAGAAAGAGAGAGAGAGAGAGAGAAUGAGACAGGAGAGAGACCAGGAGGGAGAGAGGGAGGGAUCGAAAGAUUGAAUACCUCUUCCAAACCUUCACCAGUUCAUCACCAUCACCACCACUAGCACCAUCAACACCCACCAUGGAAUCAACCUAAAGCGAAGCCACCAGGGGAGCCACAAUACUGCAUUAUCACCACCACCAUCACCACCACCACUACACCUGCUGCAGACGAGGGGGAAGGCAAUGUGUGUACGUGUGUAGUGUUUCGGGAGGAUAAAUAGAAAAUGUGUGUGUUUGUGUUGGAAAAAAGAAUAAAUUACCUUGAAUGAAAAUAUACUUGAUAGAUAAAGAAGAUGCAACAGUAUCCGAUUUUCUGAGACACAAGAGUAACAGAAAAUUAUAUGCACUACACAAGAACGUUAGGAAAGAUAUACUAACCCCAUCAUAAAAAAAAAAAAAAGUGACAAAGUAAAAACUCGCAAAAAAAAUACUAGUAAGCCAAGAGUGCAACGCGAACUUUUAACACCAAACAGUCUCUAAGGCGACACUGCGAUGUGUUUGUCCACGGUGAGUCUUUCUAGAGAUUGAAAAUAACUAUCAAGAUCGAGGUGCGAGAAGGGAAGAGAGAAGCAGACUCAAAGGCUGCUCUUUGACCUGUGACAUUGAAUGACUCGCUUGUUACCUCACCCGAGUCACCCUGAGCCAAACAAAUCUACGGCCACUGAAGGGCUUUAACGGCACCUUCAUUCACUCUUCGGUCAGUCGAGUCUUUGGAAAUCAUACCCUUAACUUGCACCACAACAUUUGAUUGAACUUGAGAAGCUAUAAUAGUCAAAUAGUUAAUUAUAAAGUCAUGAGGAUAACACAAUGUCAUUUGUCCAUAUAAUACUGUAACAAAAUAAAUAAACUAUAAUUACGAAACAUAUUAGUAAAGCGUAGAGUAAAUAGCUUAUUAUGACUAAGACAUCUGGAGGGCACACAGUGACAUCGAUUACAACAAUAUCAUAACAUCACAACAGGAACGUAAAUAUCAAGCAGAGAAAUAAAAAGAGUAAAGGGUAGAUAGUGGAGACACUGGCUAAUAAUCAACAAACACUGCAAAAGUGAGAUCGAGUGGUUAUGAUCACGAGAGACAACGAGCUGAGUGAAAGAGGAGAGGGGUGGAAAAAGUCAAGUCGUGCUCGAGUGGUGUGACUUUGAAAAUACGAGCAGUCAAAUAUGUAAGUGAAAAAUUAAUAAAGUGAGUGACAAAGAAACAAAACGCUGAGUGAAGAAUUUGUACGUGAAAAGGAAGCUGGACAACUGCUACAUAAACUAGAAGAAAUACGAAAAACAACUUGACUUGAGGGAGCGACAGAGUGAACUGCAAGGGGAUACGCGGCGGGCAGAACCCCACACAUGAGUGAGGCGUGAGUGAGUCAGGAGCACAAGACUCGUAUCAACACAGCACAGCACAACACAACACAACAACAGCAGCAGCAGCAACAGCAGUAGUAACAGCAGCAGGAGCAGCAGCAGCAGCAGCAGCAGCAGGGCAGUCAUGGCCAUGUUGAUAAAAAUGACGAAGCUCCAGGAAAACGCGGAGCCUGCUGAAGGUGACAUGGUGCUUCAGCGUCUGGAUCAAGCGAAGAACAGCUUCGUUACGGGGAAGCCAGCUGAAGACAGCAACAGCAGCAUGACCACGGCCGGCACCUCCUUGCCAUGGCGCCGCAACAGGAAGAGCACCUGCAGUACAAGCAGCGGCAACGUGGUGGUGGUCCAAGGCGCCUACAAGUACUACGGCUCAGGGAAGAAGAAAGUGAUGGUGCUGGAGAACCUCAACAUGCGGGUUCCUCAGGGCGCCAUCUAUGGUCUGUUGGGUCCAAGCGGCUGCGGCAAGACCACGUUACUGGGAUGUCUGGUGAACCGCCUGCAUCUCGACAAAGGAGAGAUAUUCCUCUUCGGCUUCUCCCCAGGCACCUCGGAGUCAGCGGUGCCCGGCCACAGGGUUGGCUAUAUGCCCCAGGAGUUGGCGCUGUACCAGGAGUUUACAAUCCUGGAAACACUGCAUUACUUCGGCCGCAUUCACCAGAUGAGCAGCGGACAUAUCACCAGACGCACCGGUUUUCUCAUCACCUUCCUCGACCUGCCCAACCCUGCACGACUCAUCAGCCAACUCAGCGGCGGGCAGCAGCGGCGCGUCAGCCUGGCCGCGGCACUCCUGCACGAACCGGAACUGCUGAUCCUGGACGAGCCCACGGUGGGGGUGGAUCCCCUACUUAGGAGCAGCAUCUGGGAGCACCUGCUGGAGGUGUGCAACAGCGGCAACACCACCAUCAUCAUCACCACGCACUACAUCGAGGAGGCACGCCAGGCAGACAAGGUGGGGCUGAUGCGCGGGGGCCGCCUGCUGGCCGAGACCUCCCCCUACAGCCUCAUCCAGCAUUUUGGCAUCCCCUCCCUCGAGGACAUCUUCCUCAAGCUGUGCCUCGAGAACAGAAGCGGAGAGGACGAACUUCUUCACGGCAAGGUGAACGUGGCCUUUGAAGGGGAAACGUCAGGCACAAAGCCCCUGCCCGGGUCCCUGCCAGAAGCGCGGGGCUCCCUGAAGAUACUGCAAGAGGACGUGGAUCCAACAACGGGACAUGUGAUGUUGAGAGACUCCAGCGAGAACAACAUUCUUUUGUCGCCCUGGGUUCGAACCUCAAAGUACGAGAGGGUUUUCUCCAUGGACCGGUUCACCGCCCUACUCAUCAAGAACUUUAUCAGACUGUGGAGAAAUAAAGGGUUUCUUCUCUUCUCGUUCCUCAUGCCGCCUCUACAGACAGUCCUCUUCUGCCUCACGGUCGGGGGCACUCCCUAUGACCUCCCCAUGGGCAUCGUCAAUCUGGACGAAGGAUAUCACAUACCUGCCAUCCUUGGCGACGACUUCAUGUUCUCCCAGUCCUACAUCCGAGAGCUGAACAACAGAACUAUCACCAAGAAGUUUUACGACAGCUUCGAUAAAGGGUAUGCAGCAGUGGAGGACGGCAGCACUUGGGGCCUGAUCUAUUUCAGCCCUAACUUCACCAAGGGUAUUCUUGCCUUCUAUGGGUCGACAAAAAUACCGGAAGUAAACGGAACUGACAAGGAGGCGGCCAUGAUCCAUAUAUACAUGGAUAACACCAACUCCCAGAUCUCGGCCACGCUGGGCUUCGCGCUGCUCAGCUCUCUGGAGAAGUUCCUGGAGGAUGUGAUUCAGGACGUGGAGGACAUAACGCACUUCCCCAUCGACACCAGCAAGCUUGCCCUUCCUAUCGAUUUCGCCAAACCAGUGUACGGGUCAGCCGAUGCGUCCUUCACUGAGUUCAUGGCGCCGGGAGUAAUUCUGACCAUCACGUACUUCAUGGCUGUGGGACUGACGGCACUUUCCUUCAUCAUAGAGCGAAAGGAAGGACUGUUGGACCGUUCCUGGGUGUCCGGCGUGCAGUCCAGUGAGGUGAUGCUGGCACACCUGGCGACGCAGAUGUUGGUGAUGCUGGUGCAGAUUUCCCUCAUCCUGGUAUUCAUGUUCCCGGUGUUCCAGCUCCCGUGUAAAGGCAGCAUGGUGUGGGUAGUGCUGCUGUCCGUGCUGCAAGGUUUCUGUGGCAUGACUUUUGGAUUGAUGACAUCAGCACUCUCCAAUGAUGAGAACACAGCAAUCAUGAUGGCACUUGGGAUCUUCUACCCACUGCUGCUGCUGUCAGGCAUAGUGUGGCCUAUCCAAGGCAUUCCAGUGGCUCUCAGAUAUGUGUCGUAUGUCCUGCCACAGACCUAUGCAUGUGAGGCCAUCCGUGCUAUACUGUACAAAGGCUGGGACAUCACAUAUGCUACAGUCUACCUGGGCUACCUGGUCACCAUUGCCUGGCUCAUCAUCCAUCUAGUCAUUGCUCUCAUUGCCAUCAGGGUGCGAAAAUGAUCCCUGUAAUGCCUGCCAGGCACAGUGUCACAGGCAAUGCACAAAAGUACUUUCUCUCAGGGAUAGAGGUAGGGAGGUGUAUAUCCUUAGAACACAGAUAUACAUUAAUAAUAUACAACAAAAACUUAAUGAAAGGUGUCAUAAUCAUUUGACUGUUUUCAAAGACAUCCAUACAUACCUUCACAGCAUAAAAAGUACAUUGCAAAUGGUAUUUCUCACUUGGACACAUAUCAGAUGUUAAUGGUUCACUGGAUCUCCCAGCAGCUGGUCACAAGGAGAUGGAAAUGUUGUAUUGAAGGCAGAUGGCAAAGCUAGCAAUGAAUAAUAUGUGGUCUGGCUAUCUGGGAUCCUUUCCUUCACAGAAACUAAGUAACAAAUAUGCUUUGUUUUUUUACCGGAAUACAAACAUGCAUACUUUCAUAUCUUUGAUAAACUCCCAUGCAUUUAAAGGGCAUAUUUGAGAACAUCAUAAUCAAUAACCAAGUACAGUGUCUGAUCCUUAUCCAUUUUCUCUGCCAUACACAUAGCCUUUUAAAAUAUUUAGUUUUGUGAGUCUGACAAAGUGUUUCGUUCAAAUGAAAACUAAAAAGAUAUUGUACAAAAUAGUGGAAUAAGCACUCAUGUUCAAAAUAUUGAAGUAAAGCAGUGAAUUAUUCCUUAGAAUUAUAAAAAAGAUAUACUGUAAGUGGUGGAAUCAGAGGAUUGUUCACCAACUAUGUGUGUACAUAUUUAUGUAACUAUUGCAUAUACCAAGUUCAGAUGAUUCCUUCAAAUGGAUAACUGAGAUGUCAUGCUUUCUCUCAUGGCAGGAAUAAAAGCAGAGGAGGAAGUACCCCUGGCUCCAUCCCUUUUAGUCACCUUUCACCCUGGCUCCAUCCCUUUUAGUCACCUUUCACGACACACACAAUACAAUGGCAGCUUGGGUGUGGAGUGUGGCUAGGCUGUGUCUCCCUGUGAUACAGGGAAGAGAUUCUGUAGAGUUGCAUAUAGGUUCUGAAAGUAAUUUGGUUUCAUCUCAAUGGAAUCAGAAAAGUGUAAAUAAGGUCAAUACAUAUAUGUUUUGAUAACUGCUCUAUGAAACCAAAUGGAACAUAAAUACUUCCACAGCAGGUGUUCCUAAUUGCACCUGGCAUUACAUAAUAAUUCUUACACACACACACACACACACACACACACACACCGCGUAGUGUAGUGGUUAGCACACUCGGCUCUUAACCAAGAAGCCUCGGGUUUGAAUCCCAGGCGCGGCAAGACAAAUGGGCAACCCCCUUAAUGUAUAGCCCCUGUUCACCUAGCAGCAAGUAGUAGGUACGGGAUGUAACCCGAGGGGUUGUGACCUUGCUGUCCCAGUGUGUGGUGUGUAAGUGGUCUCAGUCCUACCCAAAGAUCAAUCACUAUGAGCUCUGAGCUCUUUCUGUAGGGUAACAGCUGGCUGGGUGACCAGCAGAUGACUGUAGGUGAAUCACACACUGAAAGAGGAGAUAGAGGUGAGGAGUGAAUAUGAGCUUAAGGAAAGACUGUAUAAAUGGAUAUGGAAACAGAGUAUACUGUAACUAGGUAAAUCAUCUCUCUCUCUCUCUCUCUCUCUCUCUCUCUCUCUCUCUCUCUCUCUCUCUCUCUCUCUCUCUCUCUCUUGGUAUGAGCUUUUUAAUAAUCUGCCCUUUACAGUACAGCUAAGUAAUUUUUAAGGAUGAAACAUGAUGCAUCUUCCUAAGAAACAGGAAAGUCUUCCUUAAAGGAACAUUAGUCAUCCAGUUUGUGUACAAGUACAUUACUGUAAUAAUAUUUUAUCAUGUCUGUCUAUUUCUGUGUGGUGUAAGUUACAAAAUACAGACAAAAAUUUAUGUUAAGUAGACAUGAUUGAGACAAAAAUAAUGUCUUAAGUCAAAAUAGAAAUUACAUAAAAAUGCCAAUGUGAUAACUAAUUAUACAAUGCAAAAUAAGAUGUAAAUAUAAGUAAUGAUUAUAUCUAUGAACAUGAAAUGUGUUGUAUUAAUAUAUAAUUGAAGAA